AUCUCUAAUGGCGUUAACGAAUUUGGCUCAAAUGAGCGACGAAGUCAGGCGACAUAUUAUGAAGGAGAAAGGUUUCCCUUUGAUCGAGAGUCUAAUGUUUGAUGAACAUGACAUGGUCAAGAGAGCCGCCACUGAAUGCAUGUGUAACAUGGUGCUCUGUGAGGAGGUAUUCAAAAUGUACGAGAAAGAAGACGCCCCCACAGAACGAGUGAAGUUACUGACUCUACUGUCAGGCGAGGAGGACUUUGAGCUGUCGCGAGCGGCUUCAGGAGCACUGGCUGUCCUGUCCUCCAGCGAGAACGUUUGUAAAGAGAUCAUAAAGGUGUCAUCGUGCAUGGAUAUUCAGAAGCAACUUUUGGUGUCCGAUAAAAAGGAGCUGAGACACAGGUAACUGUUGGUGAUCCCUCUGGUUCCUUUUCUGGCAGGCCAGGAACAGAGUGGAGUCAUUUUAGAAGUG